AUGCUGUCGUACGAGUGCAAUGCCUCAGAGCGACAGCUCCGGGAGGAUCGCGAGCGGGAGCUGCUCCGCCAAGGGAGUCUGGAGCCUUUGGAGCGCCUGGAUGAGGCUCUGAUGGAGAAGUUGACUGACGCGGGCAUGCUGUCUUGGUUGGAAAGCGAGGAGAACCGUGAGCUCCUGUUCCAGUACCUCACCCUCAUAGCGAAGGCCACGGCUUGGUACAAGGAGCCGGCGGAGGUCUAUUUCGCGGCAAAGCGGAAGAUCAUGCUGGCAUCGUUGGAGCUGCCAGAUGCUGCUGAGGUGGUUGCCAAGUUCCUUGAAGAGGAAAUGGCCACCAUCCAGGAAGCGGUGUUCGCCAUGCCCCGAAAGGGCCACUUCCUGCCGAAGCUUUUCGAGCUUACCGAACGCCUGUCACAGGAAGGCUGCGUCCAGCUUGAGUAG